AUGCUCAGUGUCCUGCUCAUCUCGAUCGCCCUUUUCGGUUUAUUAUUUCUAGUUUUGACAACAGGCAAAAGGGAAAAACGCCUUCCCCCAGUGCUGACAGUUGGAUCUAGAUUCACCGAAUGGGCCAAGAAAUAUGGAGGUCUAUACUCCUUGAAACUAGGCACUGCAACAGCGGUCGUCAUCACAUAUCGCCGUAUUAUCAAAGAACUUGUCGACAAGAGGAGUGCAACAUACAGCAACAGACCAGCCUCAUAUGUCUCUCACGAUCUCAUGACAUCGGAAGACCAUCUUUUGGUCAUGCAGUACGGACAACAGUGGUGGUCCUUUCGGAAAAUAAUUCACCAAUAUUUCAUGGAGUCCAUGGUUGAGAGGCAUCAUGUUGAAAUUCAGAAUGCUGAGGCAGUUCAGAUGCUUCGUGAUAUGUGUCAUUAUUAUGAGUUAGUAUUUGGGUUGCGGACGCCCUCGGUGGUUACCACCCCACACAUGACUCGUCUAUAUGAUAUGAUGGAGAACUGGUCUCAGUUAAUGGAGCCGGGCGCUACUCCCCUGGAUGUCGGGGACGAGAUGAACGGCCCAUAUGCAAGCAUGCCUGACCAUGACAAAGAGCGUCGCAAGUUGAGGGGGAGUAAAGGAUCCCUGAGGGAUACUCUGCUCGAUCAAGAGGAGAAACUCGGUCUCAACCGUUAUCAACUCUACUUCCUGGGUGGUGUUUUGAUGGAAGGGGGCUGCGAUACAACGAGCUCCCUUAUUCUUGCAUUUAUCCAUGCUAUGACUAAAUGGGGUCAUGUACUUCAGAAGGCGCAAAGGGAGAUUGAUAGUGUCAUUGGUGAAGAUCGAACUCCCGUUUGGUCAGACUAUGCACAGCUGCCGUAUGUAGCGACCAUCGUGAAAGAAGCGCAGAGGUGGCGGCCUGUUGUGCCUCUCGUGUUUCCCCACGCAGCUGCUGAAGAUGACUGGAUCGAUGGAUACCUCAUCCCCAAAGAUACCACCGUCAUCAUCAACUCGUGGGGUAUGCACCACGACGAAAAGCACUUUCCGAACCCGGAUACCUUCGACACAGACCACUAUAAAGGCCAGACUACGCUUGCCUCCGAGCUAGCAACAGUAGCGGACUGCGAAAGCCGUGAUCACUAUGGCUAUGGGCCCGGUCGUCGAAUCUGCCCCGGUAUCCACCUCGGUGAACGGAAUCUUUUCCUGGCGAUUGCCAAACUGAUCUGGGCAUUUUCUAUUGAGCCCAGAUCGGAUGAAAAUGAUCAACCGGUUGAGUAUGACUUUAGUCCUAAGACUAGGUAUAGCGAGGGCUUUUUGGUGUGUGCGAAGGACUUUCCUUGCGUGAUCAAGCCGAGGUCAGAAGCUAGACGGGCUACCAUCAUGAAGGAAAUGGAAGUGGCACAGAGACAUGUUUUCUCUCGAUUUGAUGUGUAA